AUGUCUCACCUUGAAGAAGCACUCCCGAUGUACACCGUCAGUGCGGUCACCGUGACCGACAGCCAGUCCGUGCAGGUUGCGCCCAGAAUGCCGCCCCACAGGCUCUUCUUCGCCCUCGGCCGCCUGCCCGCUUGGGCUGCCCCGCCCCAGCCGCCCCAGUACGAACGCCUCCCUUCGUCCGAGGACGACGUCGAGCUCAAGGACGUCCUACCUUCCCCGGCGACCGCGAGUGGCGCGCCCACUCCCGCCGUACCCAACGCAACUGUUACAGUGGUCUCCACGCCCGCCCCGACCGACUCCACCGGAAACCCCGCGCCCGCGCCACACUCCUGCGCCGCCGAAGCCGUCUACAACGCCGUGUACUACGCCCGCAUGCUCGUCUACCUCAUGCUCGUCGGCGCCGCCAUCUCGACCGUCGCCAGCCUCAUCGGCUUCGUGCUCUCCAUGGUCGCCGUCCUCGGCUUUGUGUCCCCCACGAACCGUCUCCCAGGUGACGCCGCUCUAAUCGCGUGCCUCGCCGGCGGGCCCAUCGUCGGCGCCCUCGCCGGCCUCGGCGGCUGGCUGCACCUCUGCGUCCUGCACCUCCUCGCCGCGCGCGCCAGCGCCCGCACAGCGCUCCCGACGUUCCAGCGCCUGCGCGCCGCGGACGAGAACGCGGCGGACAAGGAGGAGGUGCUGUACGUGAUGGGCGGCGCGGCGCUCGCGAGCGUGUUCGCGCUCGCCGUCGGGCUCUCGGUCGUGCCCGCGCUCGCGGCGGUCGCGCGCGAGGUCGGGUUCAGCGUCGGGCUGGCGCUGGGUGUGGGCGUGUGGGGCGCGACGGUGCCGUUCGUGCCGGCGAUCGUGGGUGCGGUGUUCACGACGCUGUCGGACUGCAACCCGGCGUCGGGCGCGGAGUGCAUGUGCUGCUGCCUGCACUAG